GUGAUAAUAUCUUUUAAACUUGAACUGGCGACGAGCGCUUUUGACAUCGAUGUGCGUCUACUUGGUACUGGACUGACAUGUGGAAUGUAACCGGUCAUGAGAACAUCCUUGUGAGUACUCUCAAUGCUGAACAAUCAUGACGGUUCCCUUCAAUGAUGACAUCUAUUAUACAGAAUCCAUUGCCGGUUAUAACUGGCCUCCAAAACUCGUGCAGUCAAGUACCAACUGUGGCGAUCCGCUUAACGAUGAGCUCUAUCCUCCGGAUUUCACCGAAAUUUUAUCUCGUAUACGCUCUGGCUAUUAUCCCUUUGGUUUAGAACACUCGGCAUACUCCAACCUUCUCGCAAACGCCCAGAUCAACCUCGAUCGUUGUCAAAACAAACUUGACCGUCUGGUGGAUGUACACGAGACCCUCGAAGCUCAUAAACAAUUCCUCAGAGCGCACAUCACAUUGAUCAGCUCCCUCUGUUCCCCAAUCCGAAAACUUCCUCGUGAACUCCUGGAGGAUAUCUUUGAAUACGUCUGUUGUACUGGUGUUGGCAAUCAUAUUGCCCCGGGGGCUCGAUACUACAGAGAUCAAAGAAGAAAAGUUCGUUCUAAUGUUGCAAGGCUUCCUACGCUUGACCUGGGACAGGUUUGUCAUUAUUGGAACUCGAUAAUAUGCUCAUUACCAGUCCUAUGGUCAUCGUUUGGGUUUCAGGAGAUGGAAAAGAGCAUUGUUGUGAGAUCCGGGUUGGAACUCUUCCUCAGGCGCUCUUCCUCGCAUCCUAUAGAUCUCCUCAUCAACGAGUUUGCAAACCAGGUAUCUGAAUACUCGUUACCUCUGCUUCUCCCAGAAGAACACUCUAAUCGUUGGCGCCACGUUACCAUACGCACUGUACGUGCGUAUUCCUACUUGAAGCCAUUGAUCAAUACAACUGCUACCCGGGGGCUUCCGUCGCUGACUUCCCUUUCCCUCGAUGGCCUCUAUGAUGGCACAGAAUGCGCAUUCCUGGAAUUUCCAGUCCCUUGUCCCAAUCUUCAAUAUCUCUCCCUCACAGCAAUAGCUCUUGAUCUAGCAUUUAUACGGACGACAAUCACUCAUCUUGCUAUAAGCCACGUAUCUCCUGGACAUGCCUGGGUGCUUAUUUCAUAUUGUCCAAAUCUCAAAGAACUUCUGUUGAAGGAGAUUGAUAUUUCACUUUCAGAGGACAAUGCACUACCUCUACUAUACACCUGCAAUGCAGAGAAGCUUAUUCUGGAGAUACCAGAAUCCGCAAUAUCAAAUUUGUUGUUCAGCAUUGAUCUACCCAAGGUUUCAUGUCUAGAACUCAUCGAUUCCGAUAAGGACUCGAGAUCAUACUCUAUUAAACCUCUGGCUCGCAUGCUUGAUCGUAGCAGUGCCAACAAUUUGACUCACCUGAGUCUUCGUUACGUGUCUUUCUCCCUUGACCACCUACUACCUUUAUUUUCCUGCACACCAUCAAUCACAGAUCUGGAGGUUGUCGAAGUCAUGGAUCAAUUACGUGGUGUAUAUCCCAUUCUAAAGUUAUUGAUAUGUGAGGAUGGUGGUGGUGAACCCGGAGAUGUGGUGUUUGAAGAUCAAGAGGAUAUUGACCAGGUCGACAAAGCAGAAGACUUCAUCCAGGUCCGUUCAAAGGCUUGUUUGCUUCCUAAAUUGGAAAACCUCCAUUUAGUAAUACGGCCUCGAAAUCAACUGCUUUACACUCUUGUACAUUCGCGAUGGAGACUCGGAACCUCUGAUCUCUCUUCACAAGGCCAGCCAGUUUGUUUGAAGAGUUUCUACCUACGAUACCCCUUGCAAAACAUGUCUCUCUUGGAGACCAGAGCUCCCAGGGAUUUGGAUGCAUUGCGAAGGAGUUUAGAAAGGUUUAAGAAGGAGGGGUUGAAUGUACAAAUAGGAUUGGCACCUUCCUACAAUACUACUAGUGCAACUUAGCGGGAUACUCCUCACGAUUCUACUUUGACCUCGACUUGUUGAAGUCCAUUUUUGUAUUCUUGUGGUAAAUCUUCUUCGCACACUCAGUGCUCUUGUAUAAUCGUGCAUAAGCCGACUCUCC